UUUGAUGCGUUAAAAGACACAUAUAUUCGUGCUGGAGAUGGGUUUGUUAUUGUGUAUUCAAUCACAUCGACUUCUUCAUUCUUGGAAGCAAAUGAAACACGUGAAAGAAUAUAUAGAGUCUUGGAGAAAGAGACUGAUGAACAUAUACCAAUUAUUUUAGUUGGUAACAAAUUGGAUCUUGAAGACCAAAGACAGACAAACAUUUGUGAACUCUACCAAAUAGUCUUGAAAGACAUUUUAGAGACUGAAGCUUUAAAGGCACAAACAGAAGAAGUUCCUCAGCAAGUCGAGAAAAAGAAGAGAUCAAAAAAGUCAAAACUGAUGAAAAAACUCGGAUGUGUUGUCGCAUAA